AUGAACAUUUUAUCAUACAAUGCAAAUAAUGCUCGUUAUUUCUCGUUACUUUUUCAUAAAUCGAUUGAUGAUUGGAAUCGAUACUUCAAUGAUCCACCUCCAACUCCUUAUUCUGAUGGAUCUAAAGAGUAUUGGAAAACAGAUCCAAGUGGAAAAUAUUUUGUUACAGACUGUAAAUUUGGAGACUUAAAGACUGCAUGUGUCUCUGUGAAAUCAGUAGGUCCGAAUUAUUUAGGAGUCAGUGAAACAGAAUUUAAUAAAUGCAGUGCAGAUGAUCACUGUCCAUGCACUGUUUUUCGAAAUGGACCAUUUUUCCAAUAUCGAGUUACAGGAAAAGACUGCACUACAAGAUUGACACAUAAUGGAAUUCACACAUCAGUUCUAGCUAGACAGAAUAGUUAUGAUCUAAAUCUCAUUGAAGAAACAUCAAUUUCAGGUUAUUCAAGUGAAACAUCAGGCUCUGUACUUUGGCACAAGAACGGAAAUGUUUCAUUUGUUUCAAUCAAUGAAAGUAACUGCAAAACAAGAUAUGCAGUAGGAUAUCUUAUUUAUAAUGAUGCAUCAGGAACAUCAAACAUCAAAUUUUGUCAAUUUAUCUCUAAUAAAGCCGCAGUUUCAAAAUGUUAUUGGCAUUGGUAUUCCCAACAUUAUAUUCAUUGCAGUAAUUAUUUAAAUAGUUCAUACUCUUCAACAACUACGACAACUCCUGGAAUUUUCAAUCUUGUUUCCCCAGAUUCUUUAAUUUAUAUUUCAAAUUCAGUUAUAAAAGAUAAUUCAGGAAAAACCUUACUAUUUUCAAAUUUCGGAAGUAGUAGCAUCAUUGUAGAUAGAUGUUUUAUCGAGAAUCCAAAUGUACAAAUGAUAUCAGCAGGAUACGGAAAUUUUCAAUUUAUCCAUAAAUAUUUCAUUUACAUUUUAAAUGUUCCACAUAAGAAUUGUAUUUUCACAGACAUGAAAUACAAAACUAUUUAUGUGAACAAGAUAUAUAGAUGCAGUGAAAACAAUUUCAUUUAUUUCUUUGCAUUUUUAUCUAAAUAA